AUGUCCGCAAAUCAUCCGUUUGUCCAGGUGGACAAAGCAGUCGGGAUAAUUUCUCUUGCCUUGCUCACGCGAAUAAUAGCAGAGCACUCAUUCACACAGUGCACUGAAACAGGCUCUGAAAUGGUGGCAUGGGCAACACUGCCCAUAUUAUUUAGAUUAAGUUCUAGAUACCACCAGUGUUCAACUUAUCCCAUUGAGCAGAAUCCUAAUCUGCUGAAGUAUGGUUCUCUGCGUUCUAUACACCUAUGGUUAAUUGCUGCAGGUGUAUGUCUAUAUUCUUGGUUCAAGGCGGAAAUUGGGGUCCUUCAAAGUUUCCCAAUUCUAUUUCCAUUACUGCUGAUAGCAGGAAAGGUGUUCAGGUUCCGUAUACACAGUUUGAUAGAAAAGAGGUCUUUCUUCUUUCUAACAGAAACAUUAUACGGAUCUAUUGUCGUCUCAUUACUGGGAACGUUCAGCCUCGCAUCCUCCUCGAACCUUGAAUGGGGUCUCUCAUUAAUCCCCUUGGCUUGUAUCCUGGGCAUUAUACUCGUUAUCUUGUCUCACAAUGGACGAUCGUUACCCAACUGUAUAGAUGCCGAACUUACAUCGUUUCACCUCGCUGCCAGAAUUCUACCGAUGUUGGCAGCGACGGUCGUGGCGGAGAUAAUUAUAUUCGGGUAUUCCGGGGGUCAUCCCCUUAGCAUAUUUGCUUUGGGCUUGUUUAAGACCUUUGCCUAUUUCUUCACUAUCCAGACUAUUUGCUAUACUUCCUGGAGCACAGCUGUCUUAGUAGAAACGUUCAGUCUUCUAUCUGCCAACAGCCCGUUCAACCAAUCGUCAGACCUCAAAGCAUUCCUAAAUGUUGUCGCCUCCUUGCUUGUGCUUGCUCAAAUCACCCAAGUGCUUCCGAGUAAUCUAAAGAGUCGAUGGAUCCUGUGGGUAUUUGGUCUGGCAACAUUAAUCCCAUACAUCGCAAACAUAUGGACCAUAUAUAUCUGGAACAACGCAAUCGUCCAAGACCACCCCAUCGCAGAGAUAAUGGAUAACGCCAGACUCGAAUUCGAAGCAACCAUCCAUAAGCAAUCUCGCACAUACAUAGCUGCAUGCGAUGAGUACCGACGGCGAUACAAGAUCGAGCCGCCACCAGGAUUUGAGGAGUGGUACCAAUAUGCAUCUGCUCAUCAGUCGCCGAUAAUUGACGAUUACGAUGCUAUAUACAACAGUAUACUACCGAUGUUGAAGUUGAGUGGCAAAGAGAUCAACGAAAACAUUAAAAACGCGCGCAACCUGCCGGGAAACGACCUUUGGACGUGUACGUUCUUUGGCAGCUCACGCAAAACAAAAUGCUCGCAUGAUUUCCGCGUGCUUGAUCGGGAUAUUCAACAUACAUUCGAUACCUUACUCGAGAAUAUACCCGCAACUCUACCUGACAUUACCUUCCUAGUCAAUCAUCUCGAUGAGCCAAGAGUGAUAUACCCACCACCAGACAAUAUCCACAGCAGUCCAAGCAUAAAGGACCAGUCCAGACAACCAACAUGGGACACUAUAUCAGCUCCCUGCCUUUACCAUACCAAUAGAACCCAGACUCAAAACCAACAACCACCAUCCCAAGCCCCCAACCUCCCAUUCAUCACCGAUCCAACACAAGCAAAAAACCUCUGCCUCCACACGGAAUACAGCACAAUGCACGGCAUCUUCCUCAGCCCAACCUCCUUCCGACCCAUAACCGGUCUCCUCCCGAUCCUCUCCCCGGGCUCCCUCUCCACCAUGACCGACAUCCUCUACCCCAGCCCGGCCUACCUACAACCCGACUUUCAAUACACACCCGAAAAAGACAUCUCCUGGUCCCAGAAGCAAAACACGUUGUACUGGGCCGGCUCUACCACCGGCGCCUUCGCAACAAAUACCAACAAAGACAGCAACUGGCACAACUUCCACCGCCAACGCUUCGUGAACCUACUCGCAAACCCUUCAAACCACCACCACACCUACACAUACCUUCACCAAAACGAGCACAAGAAAGGGAAAGAUACAAACAAAGACACCCCAAUAACAACCCACAAAUCCACCUUCCUCAACACCCGCCUCUACACCAUCUCAUUCACCCGCAUCUUCAACUGCGAUGCCAACCCCUGCCGCGCCCAACGCCGCUACUUCCACCCGCACUCCUGGGCCGACAAAGACCAGGGCCUACAAUCGCGCUUGGUAUUCGAUCUCGAUGGGAAUGGAAUCAGCGGGAGGUUUUAUAGCCUCCUGGCGUCGAAUUCUGCGCCUAUAAAGCAGACGCUGUUUAGGGAGUGGCAUGAUGAGAGGCUGUGGCCGUGGGUGCAUUAUAUCCCGGUUAGUUUGGGGAUGGAGGAGAUGCCGGAGGUGGUGAGGUAUUUUACGUCGAGUGAGGAGGGGAGGAAGAGGGCGGGGGAGAUUGCGAGGAGUGGGAAGGAGUGGUUUGGGAGGGCGUUUCGAGAGGUGGAUUUGGGGGUUUGGGUUUGGAGGGUGUUGUUAGAGGUGGGGAGGGUUGGGGAUGAGGGGAGGCCUGCUUUUUUAGUGAUUGAUGAGGAGAGUGAGAAGGGAGUGUAA